AUUUAUUAUGGCUGCAUGGACAAGAAAAGACGGAAUUUGAUAAGGCUGUAUCUGGAUAAAGCAACGCUGGUGUGGAAGGGCAACGCUUUCACAGGUCAAGAUGCUCUCGGUGAUUUCUUUGAGUCCCUCCCCUCCAGCGAAUUUCAAGCGCACACUCUUGACGGUCAGCCUGUACAUGAACAAGCAACUCAAGGCCAAACCACUUUGUUGGUGGUUACAGCGGGCUCGGUGAAGUUCGAUGGAAACAAACAGACAUACUUCAACCAGAAUUUCUUAUUAACUACCCAGUCCUCACCUAACAGUGACCAGCCAGUAUGGAAGAUUGCAAGUGACUGUUUCCACUUUCAAGAUUGGGCAAACUGAAUUAUAUCUAA